AUGAUCAUUUGUCCAACAUUUUAUAUCUAAAUCAGAUUGUAACCAAAAUUAACCUUAAUCUAUUUCUACACAUAAAAAUGUACCAACAGCAUACCUUUAUUCUAUUAAGUUGCUAUUUUUAUGAUUAUUGAACCAAAAAAGAAUAAAAUGAAAGCUAUUAUAGGCAGAACUCCAAUCACCAAUGUCUUGAAGUAGAUUAUUGAAUCAGCAUCUUAAAAGGGAAAAUUUUCUUAAAGAAAGCAAUCGAUAGAUACUAUAUUUUCAGAUGAUGAUCCAAGGUAUAUAAUUGCUUGA